CAGCAGUUUCCGGGCGACCUGGGGGGCUUGGUUCCUCCUCCCCGCCAACCCCGUGGCCAGGUUCUGGAGGUGGCUGCGGGGCAGGGCGGGGCUCCCCGCAGGUGCCGCCCCCCCAGGUGACGGGAGGGCGGAGCCUCGUGGCGGAGGUGGGGCGUCGGGGACCCCGCCUCUGUCGGACGCGCCCUGUGGGUUCCCGCCGCGGCCAUCGGGAGGGGUGGGCCAGGGUCCCCCGGCUCGCCCCAGCCCCUUGGAGAGUGCGCUCCGGGUGCUGCGUGACGCGCGCCCCAGGCCAUCACCAUGGACCAGUGCUACUACAACGAGACGGUGGGCUUCUUCUACAACAACAGCGGCAAGGAGCUCAGCUCGCACUGGCGGCCCAAGGACGUGCUGGUGGUGGCGCUGGGGCUGACGGUGAGUGUGCUGGUGCUGCUGACCAACCUGCUGGUCAUCGCGGCCAUUGCCUCCAACCGCCGCUUCCACCAGCCCAUCUACUACCUGUUGGGAAACCUGGCGGCGGCCGACCUCUUCGCCGGCGUGGCCUACCUCUUUCUCAUGUUCCACACGGGACCCCGGACCGCCCGCCUCUCGCUGCGCGCCUGGUUCGUGCGCCAGGGCCUGUUGGACACCAGCCUCACGGCCUCCGUGGCCACGCUGCUGGCCAUCGCCGUGGAGCGCCACCACAGCGUGAUGGCCGUGCAGCUGCACAGCCGCCUGCCCCGCGGCCGCGUGGUCGUGCUCAUCGUGGGCGUGUGGCUGGCCGCCCUGGGCUUGGGGCUGCUGCCCGCCCACUGGUGGCAUUGUCUCUGCGCCCUGGACCGGUGCUCACGCAUGGCUCCCCUGCUCAGUCGCUCCUACCUGGCCGCCUGGGCCCUGUCCAGCCUGCUCGUCUUCUUGCUCAUGGUGGCAGCCUACGCUCGCAUCUUCUUCUACGUGCGGAGACGGGUGCAGCGAAUGUCGGAACAUGUCAGCUGUCAUCCCCGCUACCAGGAGACCACGCUGAGCCUGGUCAAAACCCUGGGCAUCAUCCUAGGGGCGUUCGUGGUCUGCUGGACCCCGGGCCAAGUGGUGCUGCUGCUGGAUGGCCUCAACUGCAGGUCGUGCAACGUGCUGGCCGUGGAGAAGUACUUCCUGCUGCUGGCCGAGUCCAACUCGCUGGUCAACGCCGCCGUGUACUCGUGCCGCGAUGCGGAGAUGCGCCGCACCUUCCGCCGCCUGCUCUGCUGCCUGUGCCGCGGCCGGUCCAGCCUCCAGUCCGCGCGCCGCUGCGCGUCCUCCCCGGGGGGCACCAUGGCCAGCACGCGCAUCACGCUCCCCGAAAACGGCCACUCGCUCAUGGACUCGACCCUGUAA